AUGGAGGACAUCCCCGAGGUGGACAUUGACAGCGAGGGCAAGUUCAAGUACAUUCUGAUCAAGGUGGCCGGUGGCGCCGACAUCCUCGAGCGCGUGGAGCCGCACAUUCUCAAGAGCAAGCUCAGCUGUGAGUGCGUCGGCGGCGGACGGAUAGAGCACCUGCCGGCGAAGAAGACGAUUCGCAUCUACGGUUACUCUCAGGGCUACGGCCAGGCCGAUCACAGCAUCUCCUGUGCCCUGGUGAAGAAGGAGUACCCCGAGUACACCGUCACCUGGUCCAAUGACGGCUACUGA